AUAGCAAUUCCGCUCUCCACCCGUCAGUUGAGGGAUAGAUAGGCAGACUGGCAGACCGUCGGAAGUUUGUGGGAGAUGGGCUGAAAGUCUAACAUAUGUAGACCGAACACUGCUACACAGGAGUUUUACAGCUGCUUAUAAGCGUGGUAAUGCUUAGUCUCAGAAAUGCCGUACGUAGAUCGUCAGAAUCGGAUCUGUGGCUUUCUAGACAUAGAAGAAUUAGAGAACAGCGGCAAGUUUUUACGUCGCUACUUCAUUCUGGACACACUGGAGGGCAGCCUGGUGUGGUACAUGGAUAACCCUCAGAAUCUUCCAGAAGGAACAUCCAGUGUCGGCUCCCUCAAACUAACAUAUAUAUCCAAGGUUAGCGAUGCCACCAAAUUGCGUCCAAAGGCAGAGUUCUGCUUAGUCAUCAACGCUGGAAUGAGGAAGUUUUACUUGCAGGCGAAUGAUAAGCAAGAUUUAGUGGAGUGGGUCAGUGCACUCAACAACGCCACCAAAAUCACAGUGCCGAAGUCAGGAGAGCAAGUGGCGCAUAAUACAACAGAAGCUUGUGUGGACACAUCAGGUGCCAUGAAACAAGUGUCCUACAAGACGGAAAUCAUUGCAGGAGUGCCCAUCAUCACCACCACACAGGAAAAGGGCGAGGAUCAGAAUGGUGCAGACAGGAGUGUGCAGAGGAAACCUCCCGGUCAGCUGCCGUAUUACUUGAGCCGGAGUAACCAAGACCAGUCAGUCAUUAAAGCUGGAUAUUGUGUCAAACAGGGAGGUGUGAUGAAAAACUGGAAAAGGAGAUAUUUCAUGCUGGAUGACAAUACACUGAGCUACUUCAAAUCAGACAUGGAGCGGGAGGCGUUGCGAGUUAUUCCUUUGAAGGAAGUCAACAAGGUGCAGGAGUGUAAACAAAGUGACUUGAUGAUGAGGGACAAUCUUUUUGAACUGGUUACUACCUCAAGAACUUUUUACAUUCAGUCGGACAGCCCAGAGGAGAUGCACGGCUGGAUCAAGGCUAUCUCUGGGGCCAUAGUGGCCCAACGGGGUCCUGGACGCUCAGCAGCCUCUAUGCGUCAGGCCAGACGGCUCUCAAACCCUUGUAUACAGAGGUAUACUUCCUGCAAUGGUGAAUGCAGCACGAGCCCGCUGAACGAACAUACUCCAACGAACAGAGUCUCUCAACUCCUCGCUCACCCCUCCCCACCAAACUCCAUUACCCAGAAUGCCGUUCCCCCUCGGGCCUUCAGCAUGGUGUGGGAGGGGCCAGACCUGACCAUCCUGCGGCCGGGGCCACAAGCACGCCUGUCGCUCCAGGAGUCGCCCCAAAUCUUCUUCAAGUAAACGCUGACAACUCAUCGCCAUGGCAACUGAGAAGCGGCUUAAUGCAGCCUCCAGAUUGCCUGAAAGAUGAAGACAUACAAGUUACCCAGGUGUAAAAAAGUACUUGGUUUUUUAUACACACAUAUUACGAAUUAUUAAUGUCAAAAUCAGGACAGGGACUCUUGAAGAUUUUGAAUCGAGCCCAGUGCACCAUGGGAUAUGGUGUUUUUCCUGAUCAUUUUCAAGUCUCUUAAAGGACUGCACUCUAUGAAAUGGGGUCAUAAUCUAGAGAAUUCAUUAAGACUCGAUAGCCGAUUAUUUUUCUGUUACAACCAAUAACCAAAAUUGUGGUUGAUAUUAUAAAUGUAUUGUUUUUAAAUCUAAAAUACCAUGUAAGCAAAGUGAAUUCAGUGAAAUCAGGCAUAAAAACACUCAAUGUACAGUAGAAAGUAUGGACAUUUACUUUUCAGGAAAAUAUGGUUUAAACUGGAAGAUAUAUUGUUUAAAUAUAAUAUUAUAUAAUGUUUCCAGUAAGGUCAUAAAUACAUUUUAACAAAAGUAUGCUACAUAUUGCUGAUACCAAGAAGGCCACUAAUAAUCCUAAAAUUCUUGUUUGUUUAAUUUUAAUCUGGUGCUUUUACAUCAUUUUUGGGGUGUACAGUUCAGACUUUUGUCCUAAAAUAACAUAAUACUUCCUUAGAUCCCAUUGGGCCUUGUUUGGGUGGUCUUGUUUUUAUUGAUAAUUGAAUUUCAUUUGCUUAAUGUGUAAACUUAAUUCGACAUUUUGUCUGACCGCAACAAAAAAGACAUGGUUGUACUGAUAAGAUAUGUAUCUCUGUAGAGAGAGAAUGUGUUGUGUGUUAUUAUAUUUCAGUUUUAAACACACUGCCACUCUUUAUGGUAUGUUUCUGACUAGGGCUGUGCGAUAUUGAAGAAAAAUGCAGUAUGUUAUUCCUUGUUAAAUAAUGCGAUAUUCGAUACGUUAAGCCUUUUGCUUUAAGUUUAAAAAAUUCAUUUACAUCAUAUUUUAAAAAUAUGUAAAAACUGAAAAUGAUAUAAUUAAUAUCUCUAUAUGUUUUGUUAUGCACCCUCGAUGCGCAGGCUUCAAAGCAGCAUUACUUCAUGAAAGGGUGACCAAGUUCUUGGUGGAAAGUGACCAUCAGUAUUUUAGCAUUACAUAAAAAGCAAAGUCACAAAUCUGAAUGUAAUUUCAACAUCAAUGUAAACCCCCCCAAAAUUAUAAUAUUUUAUGCCGCUAUAUAAUUAAUGCUGCAAUUCGCAAAAACUGUGAUUUGGCAAAGAAUGCGAUUGUUUUCAUGAGCAGCUUGUCAGUGAAAGUAGUACAUACAGUAGCCUGUGAUCAGUUGUAUAUAUGCCUCCUUCCGAAGGCCAGAGGAUGCUCUCAUGCUGAAACUCCAAGGGCCAGAUUCAUUGACAGCAAAACGUCUCUUGCCAUUAAAAUAGAACUGUCAGGAUUUACUAAAGAUGCGCAUGGGAAGUCGUGGCAUAGUGGUUAGAGAUUUUUGACUCCUAACCCUAGGGUUAUGGGUUCGAAUCUCGGGCUGAAGUAAAAACAUAAACAUGGUCUUUAAUUGGACAAAAUGUUCAUAAAUGCUUGUCAUGUUUGGAAGAUGUUUUGAUGCAUGUCUUCAGCGACUCGGAUCACAGAGCCAUGCUUCACUGACAAGCUGAGCAUAACAGUCUUCCUGAUGUCAUAAUCGCGCUAAUCAUUAGUUGUUUUUUGUGUAGCCCCAGUUAAGACAUCACUAUGUUUGCAUUAAUAGGCUACCCAUCAAGACAGCCAUUUUGACAUCUUUGUGUGUAUUUUGGACCGAUCGAGUAUAAAAAUGCGCGAAAGAAAACUGAAGGGAUCGCGCAUGCUCCAGGUGUGUCAGACAGCAAUGGAGUUGCUUUCUGCAACAUAUUGCACUUAAUAACUCUAUUAUUGUGAAGCACAUCACAUAAGUAGCAGUCACGUGCCCAGUCUAUUCGCUGCUGUAUGCAUCGACCUGAAAACUUGACUUUCCGCAACGUUUUGAAGUAGUAAUAUAACUCAGAUAUCGCAUGCCAUAGCGAUAUGCACAUCGUGUUAUGUACAAUACAAUAUUUAGAUAUAUCGUGCAGCCCUAUUUUUAACUCACCAUGUUGCAGCUCUCUUUUGGGAGCAAGACUCUAUUUCGUUUGUCAAAUGCAUGUGAAUGUAGAACUGUAUUUCAAUAUACAAAAACACUCCAGACAUGUUUGUUAAAGAGGUUUAAUUUGUUAACAUUAGUUAAUGCAUUAUAUAGGUUAUCAUGGACUUAUGAUGAAUAAUAAUUUUACUGUAUUAAGAUUUAUUUUUAAUUUAUUAAUAUACUAUUGUUCGUUUUAUAAUUCACGUUAGAUCAGUUAAUGUGUGUACUUGAAAUGCUUUUGAGUUACCAACUUAUAAAAGUUGAAGUAUAUUAAUCAACACUUGUGGGUAUUGUUUAUUCUUAGUUCAUGAUACCUAAUGCAUUAAAAAAAUUAAUGAAUUGAACCAAAAGUAUUACUGUAACAAACCACAAGCAUUCACUAAAUGCAGCUGUAUGGACCCUUUUCACUGACUGUGAUGAUAUUUCCAUAAUUAUAAUGUACGUUUAUAACACUAUACUUUGUUUUAUAUUACCGUUUUAAAUUACCGAAAGUUACUUAACACUGCAACAUACUGUAAGUGUUUGUAAUACAACAGCUAAGGGAGAGAUGGUAAAUUUGACAUGCUUCUCUCUUCUGACUGCUGUAGUCAGUCUCUCUGUAUGUAUAUCCUGUUUUGUAAAGUUAUAGAAAUGCUCUUUUGCUAUUGAAGCAAAUGAGAACCCAAACAUGUGAAGAGGGUCCAUAUGCAUUAUUGUGAAUUUAAGCAGAGUCAGUGACCAUAAUAAUUAAUACCAUAUAUUGUUUGUUUUUUGUUUUUUUGUGGAUUCAAACGCUGCACCAUGUUUUUUGAUGUAUAAUAUAUGUAGUUGUCCUUGACUGGAAAAAUUAUUUUAAAAAAUGUAAUGAGUG